CCUAAUUUGGUCACAGUGGAGCCCAAUCCACAAGACCCAUCUCGGCUUUCUGUGGCUCUCGUAGCCUCCUCGCUUGUGUCGUCGCCAUUGGGUCCUCGGUCAAUCCUCUGCUUGUCUCUCGCUCUCUUACAAGUUUCGGAACCUGUGUCGGUCAUUCUUAGGUUCAACAGCCUCAACAGUUCGGUGCUGGGUUCACAGUGAGGCUCUACAGCUUUCUGUGUGAGGAGUGUGGGGGUUGUAGAGCUCCAGAGUUGGGAGUUUUCUGUGAGGGGAAGAGGCUUUUGUAGGGCUUUUGUCUCUUAUCUGGUUGCUGAGCAGCAAGAGGUUGAAGGGUUUAAGAGAAUUCGAAGAUUCUCGAGAUAAUUUGUGGGAGUUUCGUCGAAUUGUGAGUUGAGGGAUUGGAGCUUGAGUGAGGCGAGAGGUGAGAGAGAGAGUUGGGUAGUUUGUGAGACUUGGCAGCGAUGGCUGCCAUGUCAGCAGCUGUGUCUUCUGCCUCGUCGCUGUGCAGGACUGGGGGUGCAGGGGCGCUGUUGGCGACGUCCUUCACUGGGGAGAAAGUGCACGUGAGUGCCGGCUUCGUGUCUGCAUUUCCUACCCAGAGUGUGCAGAUAGUUGCGGAGGCGUUGAGGGAUGGUGUCAGUGGUUCCUCGCCCUGGGAUGCCCAGAGGGCGUCUUUGGCGUCGACGGAGAGCUCACUGUCCUCUACGUCCAUGGAGCGCUCAGCUAUUGCUACUGAUUACGCGUCCACUUCAAUUUUUGGUUUGACUGAUGGGCUCGACACUGAUGAGUUUGACGACGAAGAGGAGAUUAUCCGUGUGGAUAACGAGUCCGUUGAUGACGAGGAUGAGCUCGCCGUGGCUAACCUCGGUAUCCCGCAGGCGGUCGUGGAUGCCCUGGCCAAGCGUGGUAUCGAGAAGCUCUUUCCUAUCCAGAGAGCUGUUCUGGAUCCUGCAAUGCAAGGCCGUGACUUGAUUGGAAGAGCAAAGACGGGUACUGGAAAGACGCUUGCAUUUGGAAUUCCGAUUAUCCACAACAUAUUGAAGGCACAUGAAGCUGACCGCACAUCCAGGCGGUCUGGGAGAGCUCCGCGGGCGCUCGUGCUGGCACCAACUCGAGAGCUUGCUAAACAAGUUGAACGUGAAUUUAUGGAGUCAGCCCCUAUGCUUUCCACUGUCUGUGUAUACGGAGGCGUGUCUAUUACCACUCAGCAGCGACAAUUGCAGAGGGGCGUGGACGUCGCUGUUGGCACUCCUGGCCGUAUUAUUGACUUGAUAGAGCGACGAUCGCUAUCCUUAAGGGACGUCUCAUACUUGGUUCUUGACGAAGCAGAUCAAAUGUUGGCGGUUGGGUUUGAAGAGGACGUGGAGCGUAUUCUGGAGCAGAUGCCCGAGGAGAGGCAGAGUAUGCUCUUUUCAGCUACAAUGCCCAACUGGGUGAAGAAGUUAUCGAAGAAGUACCUAAAAAGCCCUUUGACAAUUGACCUCGUUGGAGACUCGAACGAGAAACUUGCCGAGGGUAUCAAAAUGCUCGCAGUAUGUAUUCCUCCGGCGGCUAAGAGGACGGUCCUCAAUGACCUUAUCUCCGUACAUGGUAGUGUUGGGAAAACAAUUGUUUUUACUCAAACGAAACGAGAUGCGGAUGAUGUGGCCUCAGUCCUUGGACGUACUCUGGGUUGUGAAGCCCUUCACGGUGAUAUUACGCAGAGUCAACGUGAGAGGACACUUGCUUCUUUCAGAGAGGGCCGCUUCUCUGUGCUUGUUGCCACUGAUGUCGCUGCCCGAGGAUUGGAUAUUCCGAAUGUAGAUCUGGUUGUUCAUUACGAGAUUCCUAAUGAUCCCGAGACAUUUGUACAUCGCUCUGGCCGAACUGGUCGUGCAGGGAAGGACGGAACGGCAAUUUUGAUGUUUUCCGAAAAUCAGAAGCGGACAAUGAGAAAUAUCGAAAUGGAUGUUGGUUGCAAAUUUACUCUUAUGUCACCACCACAAAUGGAGGAAGUGCUCCAAGCCAGUAGUAAAGCAGCUAAGGCUGUUAUUCAGAGGGUUAAUCCUGACGUAGCAAAUGUUUUCCUGUCAACCGCUGAAAAGCUUCUUGAAAAGGAGGGUCCUGGCGCUUUUGCCGCUGCUCUUGCUCAUCUUAGUGGUUUCAGUCAGCUUCCUGCACCGCGUUCUCUCAUUACUCAUGAAGAGGGUUUGAUUACACUGAGGAUGGUAAGGACCGAAGAAUUACCAAGAGCUAUGUCAGCUCGAAUGGUCAUGGGGGUGUUGGCGGAUAUUUGGGACGCGGCUGCUGAUAACGUAGGGAAGAUUCGUAUCAUAGACGAUCCAAAGAUUCAAGGUGCAGUCUUCGAUUUGCCGCAAGAAAUUGCGAAGGAGCUUCUCACUAAACCAAGAAGAGAAGAAGAUGUCAUUGAGAGCAUUAAGAAGUUGCCGAAGUUAGUAGACUUGGACGGCGAUAGAGGUAGGGGUAGUGACAGGUAUGGUCGUUUCGGAUCCAGAGGUGGAAGCGGGAUGCGCUCGUCAUCACCAAGGGGUGGUAGGGGAGGCCCAAGUCGAGGUCGGGAUUCUGGAUGGAGCAACGACGGUGACAGAUCCGGCAGACGAUCAUCUGAAAGACGAUCGAGCUUUGCGGGAGUCUGCUUCAUUUGUAAUCAACCUGGACACAGAGCAGCUGAUUGCAAAGGCCAGUAAUCUAGAAUUCAAGUGAAACUACUUUGGCUUAAUGCGUAAGCUUUGCCACAAAAUGAUGCCUACUGAGAUUGAUAUAUAUUCAUAUCUUGUGAAUCUAGGUGUUAUUGAUUUAUUGGUUAACGAGGAUGAGGCCCCACACUACAGAAUUCAUACCAAAGAUUAUACCCAUUAUUUGCCAUUCUGGCGUAUACGUCAAUCUAGUUAAGGUAUUAGGAUUAGUUUGUCAUGGUAUACGGCGGUGGAAGUCCCACAGUUCUUUUCUGGGACGCAGUUGAGUUUAAACAACAUUAUGAGCAACGCCAUGUGUAGUCCAAACUGUUACGCAAGUAUAAACCGUAGAAGUGACACCUACGCCAACUUCUCAUGUCAAAUUUUGUUCACAUUGAAAGAAAUGCUUAAGUUUUAUGAAGCAGCAUGCUACAUCACUCACUAAUAGAACAAUUCCCAAUUUCAAACAA